UGUGGCGACAAAUCGAGCAUUUACAAAAUGCUUAAAUUUAUACGUGGAAAAGGACAACAGCCAACUGCCGAACGGCAGCGACUGCAAAAGGAAUUAUUUGCGUACAGAAAGACGGCACAACAUGGAUUUCCUCAUAAGCCUUCGGCACUGGCGUUUGAUGCAAAAAGUAAACUUAUGGCUAUUGGCACCCAAAAUGGAGCUAUUAAAGUUUUUGGACAGCCGGGAGUUGAAUUUUACGGCCACCAUACAAUGCAAUCGAACUCAGCAGCAGAUUUAAAUGUUCAACUUUUAGAAUGGGUUCAUGGAACUGGGAACUUACUUUCACUUACUGCGGCUAAUCAGUUAAUUUUAUGGGAACCUGUUGGUUCAACACUAGUUGCGAUCAAAUCACUUUCCUUCGAUGGCAAACUUAAAAAGGUUUCCUCUUUAUGUUGUUCUUAUACGAAAAAUAUUGUUUGGAUUGGAACAGAAGGUGGCAAUAUAUAUCAAUUGGAUUUAAAAGAUUUCAGCGUUAAAGAACCCGCAAUUUACCAUGACGUUGUUUUGGAGCAGGUACCACCGAGCUACAAAUUAAAUCCAGGCGCUAUUGAGUGCAUCAAGCAAAUUCCAAAUGCUUAUAACCAAUUGCUAGUAGCAUAUAACCGUGGUCUUUGUGUGGUCUGGGAUACAGAAGCUUCCCUAGUAGUUCGAUCAUUUAUUGCACCAGGUCACGGUCAAAGUGUUGGUUUGCACAUAAAUGCAGAAGGAACCGAGUUCGCUUGGUACCAUGCAGAUGGGUCAUUCGCAUCUUGGCAACUCAAUGGUUCCGAUCCUCCAAAAAAUUUAAACUAUGUGCCUUACGGACCAGAUCCAUGUAAAAGCAUAAACCGGUUAUACAGAGGGAAAAGAGGAUCUGAUGAAGUUGUUGUGUUCUCUGGAGGCAUGCCUCGCUCUGCGUAUGGCGAUCAUAAUUGUGUUUCGAUACAUGUAAAUAACGAGAAUAAAAUAUGUCUUGAUUUUACUUCAAAAGUUAUUGACUUUUUCGUAACCUAUGAAAGUAAUUCUGAUGCAGUUAAAGUUCUUGUGGUUCUUUUAGAGGAAGAACUUUGUGCAUAUGACUUAACGGAUCCCAAGGUUCCCGUAAUUAAAGCCCCUUAUUUGCAUUCUGUACAUGCUUCUGCUGUAACUUGCAACCAAUUGGUUUCGCAAGUAUCUAAGGAGGUGUUCGAAAAAAUUUGCAACGCAGGGCAAGAACAGGACGCAGGAUGCAGUGAUAUGGAAUGGCCAAUAACCGGAGGAGUGACAUUAGAUAUGGAUGAUGAAGAAAAUGAAGAAAACAAAGAAUAUGAAAUAAUGCUUACUGGGCAUGAGGAUGGUUCUGUCAAAUUUUGGAAUUGUACAGAAGUAGUUAUGACCCCCAUAUAUCACCUGAAAACUUCAAUUUUAUUUGGCCAUGAAAAUCAGGACGACCCACACGGUGAAUCAACGGAAUCAUUAGACGAUUCAGAACCGCCAUUCCGCAAAGCCGGUCUUUUCGAUCCAUAUUCCGACGAUCCUCGAUUAGCUGUUAAAAAACUAUCACUCUGUCCUAAGACGGGUAGAAUAAUAAUUGGAGGAACUGCUGGUCAAAUUAUAAUUGCAAAUUUUGAGGGCGAAUCCGCAGAGAAAGGUCCACUUAAAUUAUCGACUAUGAACCUAGUCAGCGAUCGUGAUGGAUUUGUGUGGAAAGGACAUGAUCAAUUAAACGUGCGACCCAAUUUAAUGGCUGAAAAUGCAGAUCCCGUUGGUGAUCCUGGAGUUCAAAUAACUGGCAUUCUGCAAGUUUUACCCCCAGCUAGCAUUACAUGUUUAGCCUUGCAAACAGACUGGAACUUAGUUUCUGGUGGAACUGCACAUGGUUUAGUUUUAUUUGACUUUAAAAACUUUUUACCAGUGUUUCAUCGAUGCACCCUAAAUCCAAAUGAUCUUACCGGUGCAGGGGAACAACUUUCUAGGCGCAAGUCGUUUAAGAAAUCAUUAAGAGAAUCGUUUAGAAAACUAAGAAAAGGACGUUCCACAAGAAAUAAUCCAACUCAGCCAGCAACAACGCUUGAUGCCCGUCCAGUAGAAAGACAAGUAGAAGCGCGUUCAUCAGACGAUGGGAUGGGUUCUAUGGUUCGUUGCUUAGUUUUUGCAAAAACAUACAUUACGAAUGUCCAUACAACAGCCGCCACACUUUGGUCUGCCACCAACUCCAGCUGUGUUUCUGUGUUUCUUUUGCAUUUGCCGCCCCCACAAGAAAAUAAUAGUGACCAAUCUUCCACUCCACGCCGUGUUUCUGCACAAUUGGCUAAGGAGAUUCAAAUGAAACACCGGGCUCCUGUUGUUGGAAUCGUGGUGUUUGAUCAUACAGGUGUUCCAUUGGAGCUAAAUGGACCCAAAACACCUCCACACCGAGUUUUAAUUGCAUCAGAGGAGCAGUUUAAAGUGUUUUCUCUUCCCCAACUGAAACCGAUUACAAAAUAUAAACUUACAGCACAUGAAGGAGCACGUGUGAGACGAUUGGCAUUCGCUUCUUUUACGUGUAGAGUGCCUUUGGAUUAUUUGCAAGGAAGCCCAACGAAGUCUACUAAAUCUGAAAGUGGCGCUGAACGUGAAAAUGUCGAUGUAACUGGUGGUGAAAACGGUCCCGAAACUCGAGAUUACCACGAAGUAGGCCUUUUAUGCCUAACGAAUUUGGGUGACAUUCUUGUACUAUCUAUACCAGAAUUAAAACGACAGUUAAAUGCUGCUGCUGUAAGACGAGAAGACAUAAACGGAAUUUCCUCUUUGUGCUUUACAAAUUUCGGAGAAGCUCUCUAUAUGAUGUCGUCUUCAGAGAUGCAACGGAUAAGUCUCGCUACAGCAAAAGUGGUAACCCCCAACGGACGAAUAAAUGUUGAACACUUAGAUGGAAGAGAUGUGGAUGAAAAUAGUGUUAACGAACAAGACACUUUAGAAGCAGACUCAACAGAGAGUAUAAAUAAACCCAUUAAUAAGGAACACAUAAGCUUGGAUUCAAAUGGGCUGACAAACGGAAUGGAAGGCUCUCCAAAUCGUGGUAAUGAGACCAUUUCAAGUUCAAUGGGUGACAUUACUGUUGACUCUGUGCGAGAUCAUCUAAACGCUACUACUACUACUCUUUGUUCUACUACAACUGAAGAAACAGUUGGUCGCCUUUCAGUUUUAAGCUCGCAAACGAGUCAAACCGUUACAAACGUUAACAUGAAGGACAUAACAGACUUUAAUAUACCAAACUUAAUGGAUUUAGCACCUCUAAGCAAUACUACAGAAACAACCACUAGUUCCGUCGUAAUCAAAUCCGUCAUAACCAGCAUCUCACAUGAGAAGACAAAUGGCGAAUCCGAUACAAUGACCGCCACUAAAACUACAACUCGAGAAGAGAGUCAGUUUUAAAUAAUUUUAUUUCAUUUAGGUAAUUUAAAAUAUCAUUUUACGCAUUUUUGACCAUUUUACACAUCAUAUCUUACGUGUAGCUUUUUUUUUCUAAAUAUAUAUAUUUUUUAUUACAAUAUCACUAAGAAAAUAUUCUUUAAACACGUUUAUGAUAUUUUUAUAUGAAUAUUAAAAGCUAACAAACUAUAUUGGCGAAAAUAUUAAAUUUACUGAUAGAAUCGAAGUAUUAAAAAGAAUAACGAGCAAACAUUUAAACGAAAAGAAAUUUAAGCUGACCCAAUGAAGGGCUAGGGGCAUAUAUUUUCACUAACGAAUAUGUAUUUAUUUGAAAGUUCAAAAACAUUAAGAUUUCAAAGUACAACAAAGCAUUUUAUUAAAACAAAACGCAAAUAUAUACGAAAUGGGAUUUUAUAACUUUUAUACAUACAAAAUUUGUGGAAAUAAGUCAUUUCGUCAUAUUAAAAAUAGUUGAUUUAUACCAGAAUUUGUUUGAGAUUAACAUUAAAGUAUUGUUUAAAAAUUGACAAACACAAAUACGUAUAUUUUUUCCACUUUGUAUUUUAAUACGAAUAUUUCAUAUUUUCUUUACUUUAAAAUAAAAAUGUUAUACAAAUUUGAAAUAAAAAAAAUACAAAAUAUUUUUGUAGAUCCGUA